UCAUAAUAUUGAUUAUUUCGUUACGAUUAUGAGGAAUUGGUGAGCAGUGUAGUGUGUUGUGUGUAGAAGUGGCACUCUAUAAUUUCACGUUUCUCUUCUCUAUCACAAAGUUGAAACCAACAUCAGAGACAGAGAAAGAUGAACGGCGACGACAACAAGGGUUUGCUGUGGAAGCUUCCGGAGAUUAAGUCCGACAACUUCGGCAAGGUGGGCCCCGCCUUCGGCAUCGGCGCCGGCUGCGGCCUCGGUUUCGGCGUUGGCCUUCUCGGAGGAGUGGGUUUUGGCCCUGGAAUUCCUGGUUUCCAGGUUGGUUUUGGAUUUGGUGCUGGGUGCGGUGUUGGUUUAGGGUUUGGCUAUGGUGUGGGCAAAGGAAUUGCACAAGACGAGAACAAGAGGUACUCUAAUGUUGGGAAUCCUUUCCGUGGUUCUGGAAGCAUAGUUUCUGAGGAUGAUAUUACUGCACUAGUGGACGACCUUGUCAUUAAUACUAAAAAGCUUAUCCGGGCAACAUCAAAAGAAAUUGAGAAGUGGAGAAGAUAAUGGAAGAGGCCAUUUUAAGUACAAUUGUGUAAACAAAAAACACUCUGCCAGUAUUUUGCAUUCUAUAGACUAAAUCAAGGCACAGCAUAUUCAGACUGUGUCAGUGUACAUGAGAUACUACAUUUUUAUAUUAAUAUUUACUGGGGGCUAUUAUUUUUCCUGAAUUGAAAUCGAA